ACCUUAACUGAAUUACAUUUGCAAAAACCCUGUUUGUAAAUAAGGUCACCUUCACAGGGAUUAAGGGUUAGGAUGGAGACACAUCUUUUCAGAGGAUCCAAUUUAACCAACAACAGAAACGAUCUCCUUCCUUCCCUACGGUUAAACAGUCACAGAGUCCUCUGAAGAUUAAGCCUGUCCCUCCUACAAAUAGAUACCAGUUCGUGCCCAGGGCUGGCAGCAGGAUGGUCACAACCCAGGCCCCUCUACCCCUCAGCUGUUUGGGGAGGGACUACAGGCUUGAGCCAGGCCCUUCCCUGAGCCUGGAGCGGGUCCCCUAGCCUCCCUGGGCCCUGUUUCCUCAUUACGAAAAUGGGGCAUUGAUAAUCGCCCUCCUCCCUGGGCUGCGUGAGGACGCAGCUUGCUGACAGGUUGAAAGGAGCAGGUCUGUGGUUAAGCACGAGCAGGGUGCCGGGGUUUGAUUGUGGACACAGCAGGCACCACGUCACAGACUGGGGGGAGACUGCCAGGCCUCACCAGAGGCUGCUGAUGACUGUGUUUCUGGAUCCCACCACCGCUCAGAUCCUGGGUGGCCACGGGCACCAAAGGGUGUGGGAGAGCAGUACGGGGUGUGCCCUUGGGGGCUGUUCUCACUCCCAGUUUCCAGACCAGACCCUGGUGGGGGUGUCACACAUACUGGGGGUUCCAUCCUUUGCAUCUCACCGUCUCUAUUGUGCUUUUGUUUUUUCCAGUGUCUUCAAAAAGAUUUUCUGCCAAGGGUUGGAGGACUGGGGAGGGCUCGAUAAUGUCGCAGGCUGGACCAACCGAGGAGGCCUUCCGGGUGCUCUACUACACUUACCUCAACGAGGGCUUCCUCAGCCUGUGGCGAGGGAACUCCGCCACUAUGGUGCGAGUGGUGCCCUACGCUGCCAUCCAGUUCAGCGCGCACGAGGAGUACAAGCGAGUCCUGGGCCGCUACUACGGCUUCCACGGAGAAGCCCUGCCCCCGUGGCCUCGCCUUCUCGCCGGCGCACUAGCUGGGAUGACCGCCGCUUCACUGACCUACCCCCUGGACCUGGUCAGGGCGAGGAUGGCUGUGACCCCAAAGGAAAUGUACAGCAACAUAUUUCACGUCUUCAUCCGCAUCUCGCGGGAAGAGGGCCUGAAGACCCUCUACCACGGAUUUACGCCUACAGUGCUGGGGGUCAUUCCCUACGCCGGCCUGAGCUUCUUCACCUACGAGACGCUGAAGAGCCUGCACAGAGAGUACAGCGGCCGCCGGCAACCCUACCCCUUCGAGCGCAUGAUCUUCGGCGCCUGCGCCGGCCUCAUCGGGCAGUCGGCCUCUUACCCGCUGGACGUGGUGCGGCGGCGCAUGCAGACGGCCGGCGUCACCGGCCACCCGCGCGGCUCCAUCGGGUGCACGCUGCGCACCAUUGUGCAGGAGGAGGGCGCGGUGCGCGGCCUCUACAAGGGCCUGAGCAUGAACUGGGUCAAGGGCCCCAUAGCCGUGGGCAUCAGCUUCACCACCUUCGACCUCAUGCAGAUCCUGCUGCGGCACCUGCAGAGUUAGGGGCCCUGCUGUCGGCUGCUCUUGGGAUGGUGGACCGGCGACCCCUUUGGUUUUCUGAACCCGUGGAAUACGGUAUGCUCGGUCCCACCACGGGAACCACGUCAGGGACUUUCUGGAACAAGCAGUCGGGCCUGGGGGCUGGGGCUGGCAGCCCUUAAGGUGCAAUGUUGGGGCAAUGGGCUCAGGGUCACCGCCACUCUCCUCUUCCCUCCUCCCCAGGGGCUGCACUGCCUCGGGAGGUGUCGCCCAAAGACCCUGAGUCAGGAGUGGUCAGCUCCACCUCCUGGCCCUGUGUGUCCUCCAACAUGCUGCUGAUUCGAGUGUCCCUGUCCCCACUAGGCUCAGGGCCACACUCGCCUGUCCCUUCUGACUCUGCCUGCGUGCCUGGCCUCCAACCCGGGCAGGCGCCUUUCCUGGCAGCCGGCCCCUGUCCAGGAUGGGACAAGCCUCAUGCUCAGUUUGGCCACAAAUGCAGAGCCUUUUGCCCACCCAACCCAUCCUGCCUUCUUUGUCAUUUUCCAGAGGGCAAUGACUCCUCCAUCCCCAGAGCCUUCUGCUCAGGAACAGCCUUCUCCUGAGAGCCCCAUCCUAGCCUCUGCUGUGAGUGUGGGACCCCUAGCUGCCUGCCCGGUUGUAACCUUCCCAGGAAGGUCACGCAUCCUCCGCACGGCAGGGUCUGAAGCACAGACCAUGACAUGGAACCACUUCAGGUUUGGGUCUGACCCCCCACCUGGGUAUAUCUGCUGAAAUCUGAGCACCCAGCCACCACCUCUAGGCCAUGAAGCUCCUGCUGGGUCCCUGACUCCCCAACUUCAGUGGGCACUUGGCUGAGGCAUGGAGCAAGUUAAGGCCCUCAAGGGAUGUCUGAUUUCCAUGAAUGGAGCACACAGAGGUGGCUGGUGGCAUUGACCCUCCCAGAGUGGGAGCCCCAUGGCAGUGGAUGGCCCGGGUUGGGAACUGUGGAAGAGCAGAGGCACCCCAGGGAACCCCCAGCUAGCUGGUCUCUCAGAGAAGUCCCCAGGGCCGCCAGGUAUUGGGGCUCAGAAAUACCCAAUAGUGAUGUUUCGGGUUUCUUGGUUUUUUGUUUUGUUUUGUUCUUCAAAUUGGCCAACCCUGAGUUUAUUCACAUCAAAGCCCUGACUGGUCCGAUCUGGUUCCAGGGCGAGGGGGACCUUGAGGGCUGGUUUCCAUAGCUGACUCAGCUGCCACACUGUGUGAAGGGCUCUGAGCUGGUGCCCCUGCCCUGUGUGCGUUUCCCGUCCCCCCUCUCCCCCGGGUGUGAGGACCUCUCUCUGGCCUCAGCCACCAGCCAUCCCUGACAUCCCCAGUGGCCCAGGGAGCCUGAGAUGGCUGUAAGGGGCUGUCCUAUUGGGCGGGCAUCCCUUGCCCCGUACUAAGACUCAGUGGGAGAGGCCGGGGCAGCCCUCACAGGGAGAUGGGGGACCCAAGCCCCCCAACCCCUGGCAAGUGAGGGCAGCAGGGGCUGGGGGUCCACCAGGCGGGUGAGACAAAUAGGUGGUUGGGGAGUGCCCUCCUCUGGGCCUCAGGCUAGGUAGGAGAGACGAGGGGUGGGAGGGGCCCCAGGUCCUGCUGGCACACAGCGUGCUUCCCCUGAGGUGGCUCCUGGCUGAGUGGGCUGUGGCAGUGCCGUCCCCCACCCCUGCACACGGCCGGGCUCUCUGGCCGCUGCAGUCACCCGCCUCCCUGCUGAUCGCUGGUCCCGGUCUGGAGUUAUAUUUUGAUGCCAUGAAGACACUUUGUUUAUACAUAAUGUUUAUAUAUUUUAAAGAUUUGUGCCAAGAGAGUAUAUUUAAUAAAAAUUGAAAUGACUUCUGCU